UUCGUCUCAGCAAUCUUCUCCCUCGGUCUGGAGGAGUCGCUGUACAUCCUGGUGGGGCAGCAGGGAGAGGACGCCUGUCCCGGAGUGAGCGCAGCCAGUGGGGAUGGGGCGGCGCCGGCGCCGCGGGGCGAGGGCUGCCUGGGGGCCGGGGGAGCGUGCUUUCCUCGGUGCCGGGUCACCAGCAUAGCGAGGGGAGGCUCCCGGGCCCCGCCGAUUCCCGCCCCCGCUGCCCGCAGGGUAGCCCGGAGAGCCAGCUCGUCUGCCUCGGGGAGUCUCGAGCCGUUGAAGAGCACGCGGUGAUGGAUGGGAGCGAAGGGGUCCCGGGGUCGCGGCGCUGGGCGGGAGGUGGCGGGGGUGGCGGGGGCGCCACCUACGUUUUCCGGGUGCGCGCUGGCGAGCUGGAACCGUUGCUGGUGGCGGCCGGAGGCGGCGGUCGGGCCUACCUGAGGCCGCGGGACCGAGGCCGGACUCAGGCCGCCCCCGAGAAACUGGAGAACCGCUCGGAGGCGCCCGGGAGCGGCGGGAGAGGCGGGGCGGCAGGUGGUGGGGGCGGCUGGACGUCGCGGGCUCCCUCUCCGCAGGCCGGCCGCUCACUGCAGGAGGGGGCGGAGGGCGGCCAGGGCUGCUCCGAGGCUUGGGCGACCCUUGGCUGGGCCGCAGCCGGCGGCUUCGGGGGUGGCGGCGGGGCCUGCACUGCGGGCGGAGGCGGCGGCGGCUACAGGGGGGGCGAUGCUUCAGAGACUGACAACCUCUGGGCUGAUGGGGAAGAUGGAGUAUCCUUCAUACACCCCAGCAGCGAGCUCUACCUGCAGCCUCUGGCAGUCACCGAGAACCACGGAGAGGUAGAGAUCCGAAGGCACCUCAACUGCAGUCACUGCCCUUUGAGAGACUGCCAAUGGCAGGCAGAGCUCCAGUUGGCUGAAUGCCUGUGCCCAGAAGGCAUGGAGCUAGCUGUGGAUAACGUCACCUGCAUGGAGCUGCACAAGCCCCCAGGCCCUCUGGUUCUGAUGGUGGCUGUGGUGGCAACCUCAACAUUGAGCCUCCUUAUGGUGUGUGGGGUCCUGAUUCUGGGUACGAAGCGUCUAGCAGGCACAGUUGAUUCAAGGCUGCUCCUCUCCAUGAAGCAGAAGAAGUGGCAGGGCCUGCGGGAGAUGAGGCUGCUGAGCCCUGAGCUUGAGCUGAGCAAGCUUCGAACCUCUGCCAUCAGGACAGCCCCCAAUCCCUAUUAUUGCCAGGUGGGGCUUGGCCCGGCCCAGUCCUGGCCUCUGCCCCCAGGUGUCACCGAGGUUUCCCCAGCCAAUGUUACUCUGCUCAGAGCCCUGGGCCAUGGUGCCUUUGGGGAGGUGUAUGAGGGACUGGUAAUUGACCUUCCUGGGGACUCCAGUCCCCUGCAGGUGGCUAUCAAGACCCUGCCAGAACUCUGCUCUCCUCAGGAUGAGCUGGAUUUCCUCAUGGAGGCCCUCAUCAUCAGCAAGUUUAGCCAUCAGAACAUUGUGCGGUGUGUGGGGCUCAGCCUCAGGGCCACCCCUCGCCUCAUUCUGCUGGAACUGAUGUCUGGAGGGGACAUGAAGAGUUUCCUGAGGCACAGUCGGCCACACCUGGGACAGCCAUCACCUCUGGUCAUGCGGGACCUGCUGCAGCUGGCCCAGGACAUAGCCCAGGGCUGCCACUACCUAGAGGAAAAUCACUUCAUCCACAGGGAUAUUGCUGCCCGGAACUGUCUGCUGAGCUGCACUGGACCCAGCCGAGUGGCCAAGAUUGGGGACUUCGGGAUGGCACGAGAUAUCUACCGGGCCAGUUAUUACCGCAAGGGUGACCGGGCGUUGCUCCCAGUCAAGUGGAUGCCCCCAGAGGCCUUCCUGGAGGGCAUCUUCACAUCCAAGACAGAUUCCUGGUCUUUUGGGGUGCUGCUCUGGGAGAUCUUCUCACUGGGCUACAUGCCCUAUCCUGGGCGCACCAACCAGGAGGUGCUGGACUUCGUCGUUGGAGGGGGCCGGAUGGACCCUCCUAGGGGCUGCCCAGGGCCUGUGUACCGCAUCAUGACCCAGUGUUGGCAGCACAAGCCUGAGCUCCGCCCUAGCUUUGCCAGCAUCUUGGAGCGUCUGCAGUACUGCACUCAGGACCCCGAUGUGCUGAAUUCACUCCUGCCAAUGGAGCUGGGGCCCACCCCAGAGGAGGAAGGGGCUUCUGGGCUGGGGAACAGAUCUUUAGAGUACCUAAGACCCCCACAGCCCCAGGAACUGAGUCCAGAGAAGUUGAAAAGCUGGGGAGCUAGCCCUCUUGGCCCCUGGCUGUCCUCUGGCCUCAAGCCCCUCAAAUCCAGGGGCCUCCAACCUCAGAACCUUUGGAAUCCCACUUAUCGCUCCUGAGCCCUAAGGGCCCUGAGGGUAAGGACUGAGGCACUGAGGGUCCCUCCCUAUACUCCUCAGGCUCCUGGAUGGCCUGUUAUGCCAGCGGCCCCUGUUCCCUGCAGUCUGUGCUGUGUGUCUGGGCCUGUCUCGGGGCUGGCCUGGCAGCACUGCACUUGCCAUGCUGGAAACCAGCCCAGGCCUCCCAGGGAAGUGCCCAGCCACUUCCAGCUUUUGAUCUUUGGGGCCAGACAGAGGCCACCUUACACACACCCCAAGUGUCCAUGGGGAGCACUAGAUUGCUGUCCCAUUAUGAGCGUCCUUCAUCUGGGCAGAGCCCCACCCUGCAGAUGCUUCUAAUAAAAAGCUCUUCUCAUC